AUGACCCAGGUUACUGGCAUUUCGCCACUGAGGGCCGCCACGAAGAAGCCCCCACCACCGAAGCCUCAAAUGUGGUGGUGGUGGGCUGUGCCAAUGCGGCGGCUGCGAGAUCCUCUCCAGCAGGAUGUUGGAAUCAUUCUGUCGAAUACAGCUACAGACCGUGCCGAGCAGUAUACGCGAUUGGCUCCUCUCGCUCGUCGGGUUUUCCCGCUUGGGCGCUUGACACCACGGGCAUUCCUCUUUGGGACCAAGGCUUGUGUAUAUAGGACAAAUACGCCACUGGAUCUCUUUGGCGUUGUUUUGAUGCCCGCCGUACAUGUCCAAAACCAAUCACGGUCUGAGCACGCGUCCGAAAAAGGCUCAACCCACCGCCACCGCCAUUCGCCCGCCCCCUACAGCACCAACCGCGCCGACCGCACCAAUGCCCUUGAGCCCACCACCUAUGUCGUAAAUCAUGUGACCCUCAAAUUCCCCCUCCACCAACAACCGCCACCAGGCAAACCCACGGCGUGUUGGUUUUGCGAUUUUGAAACGAAGCGUUGGUCUGAUCUCCAACGGCAUGUCGCAAGACAUGCACUGAACAAGAGCGAAGUUACCGGGGAAGUACUCAAGUGUCAGGAGCUGCUCGAGAAUGGCGAGCCAUGCAACUGGGCGAAUACCGAUGCUCCCGCCUUCCUACGACAUCGCGAGCGUGAUCACGAAAUCAUCCCCAAGGGCAGAAUGAAAGCUCAGGAGAACGGCGCGGUCAAGUCUGAGAAGGGGCGCAGCGCUCGCAAACACAAGCCCUACUCCAAGCGGUCGUCCCGCAAAGCCGCUGCGUCCAAAAAGGACGACCCCAACACAGGUGCCGACAUCACCAACGUGCAGGGCGCGAGCGGCCUCUCGGAGCUGGCUACAAACCUCCAACAGAUGUCGCUGGCCACCUACCAACAUGCGAUGGCGCCGCAGGUGGUGGACCCCUUCGACCCGGAGGUGCUCGCCGCGCUCGAGAGGCUGCAGCUGCAGCAGCCCGCGCCGCACCCUGCGGCCUUCUACGGCCAGGAGCCCUCAGCGGCAAAGGGAGAGGUCUCGUCGCCCUCUUUCGAGGUUUAUCCUGUGCAGGACCUCCAGCACGACGUCGCGCCCUACGGCUGGAGCCAGACCACCCAGCCCGAGGCCGCCCCGCAGGACCCCUUGACCCUGGCCUGUGAAUCAUGGUUUCCCGCGCCCGAGGCCUCUCUCGAGCAGUACGCCGCGACGUAUGGCGCGUACGAGGCCGCUGCGCCCUACGGGCCCCAGGACGCCUUCGAGAUCUUCGCGCCGGCGUACCCCGCGUACGAUGCGCCCGUGUCCUUCGCACCCCAGGCCCCUCUCGAGGACUGCACACAGGGGCACUCUGCGUACCUGGUCGCCCCGCCGAUGCCCGUAGCCGGCUCUGCCUGGUACGCUGCGCCCGCCGCGACGGGCUCCUGCUUCUACCCGCCGCAGCCCGAGUUCUGCGCAACGUGGCCGUCGGAGCUUCUUGAUAUCCCGGCUGGUAUGGGCUUCGAGCAGCCGAACGUCGAGGAGGCGCCCUUCGAGGAGCCGGCGUCGCUGUCGUCUUCCCUCGACUUCCUGGGGUUCAACUUCAACGCCGACCUGACCUUCGGCUUCCUGAACUCGGGCGGCUUCUCCGCGCCCCUUGUCUCUGGCAUGUUCUAA